AGGCCUGGUGGGUUGGGGCAGCUAGCCCUGCACACCACGCCCCCCACCCCGGGCGAGUUUGCAUAAAUAAACAAACCCAAGCCGUCUGCCCCGCAGGAGGUGGAGGAGAAGAGGGGAGGAGGAGAAGAGAGGGGGGCGGGAGAGAUUAGUUUGGGAAGUAGCACGGAUUGCUCAUCCGAUCCGUGCAGCCGCAGCUAGUGUGUCAAGUUACAGAGGCGCCGGAAUCGGCCCCAGCGCUGCUCCGCCGCGGCCACGACCCACCUCUGCCCAUGGGGCCCUCCGUGUGCGCCCCUUCGCCCCGGGACUGAAACUGGCUCGCCCGGGAGACCGGAGACAUCUAGGACAGACAGCGCAGAAUCAACUCCAGGACUCUGCAGAUACUUGAAGGGAAAGACGGGGCGGAAAGGAAAACCGGCCAGAUUCCCCUAACUUUCCUGGACUUGGAACGUUCUGCGAAGUAACUUUUUUUUUUCUCACCUGGGUGUACCCCGAUUACUGCUGGUUGUAAUUUUUUUUUUUUUCGGCUUUCCCCCUCCAGCUGCCUUUUUUUUUUUUUUUUCCUCCAUCCUCUUUGCUGGGAGCAAAGGAAAGGGACAUAUUCCACCGACACAAACCCUUUCCCGCUGUCCCGCAGCUUGGAUCGCGCCUGUGGGCAGUGGCUCUCGCCUUUAUUUAUUCUAUUUAUUUAUUUAUUGGUUCUCAAGACGCGAGGGGAUGGUAGCGGAGCGCUCCCGCAAAGCGACAGACUCCGGUGCCCGCGGCCCCGGGGAGCUGGGCGCGCCCGGGACGGUGGCGCUGGCGGUGGCGCCGGUAGAGCGCUGCGCGCGGCUGCCGAGCCCGGGGUCCUGCGGGCUGCUGGCGCUGGCCCUCUGCUCGCUGGCGCUCAGCCUGCUCGCCCACUUUCGGACGGCCGAGCUGCAGGCCCGGGUGCUGCGCCUGGAAGCAGAGCGUGGGGAGCAGCAAAUGGAGCCGGCUAUUUUGGGACGAGUCAACCAACUGCUGGAUGAGAAAUGGAAGCUCCACUCUCGGAAACGCCGGGAGGCCCCAAAGACAUCUCCAGGGUGUCACUGCCCACCAGGACCUCCUGGUCCCGCUGGAAGACCUGGCCUCCCGGGGGACAAAGGUGCCAUUGGGAUGCCCGGACGUGUGGGAGCAAAGGGCCAACCAGGCGAGAAGGGCGCCCCAGGAGAUGCCGGGAUGUCCAUCAUCGGUCCCCGUGGCCCCCCUGGUCAGCCGGGCACACGAGGUUUUCCUGGAUUUCCGGGUCCCAUUGGGCUGGACGGCAAACCGGGCCGCCCCGGACCAAAGGGAGAGAUGGGGCCUCAAGGACAAAAAGGAGAAAAGGGUCAGUGUGGAGAGUACCCCCACCGGCUGCUGCCCCUCCUCAAUUCAGUGCGGCUGGCUCCACCCCCAGUCAUUAAAAGGCGGACCUUCCAGGGUGAACAGGGCCAGGCUGGCAUCCAAGGCCCGCCAGGGCCACCAGGCCCUCCUGGACCAAGUGGACCUCUGGGGCACCCAGGACUGCCAGGGCCCAUGGGGCCGCCUGGCUUACCUGGGCCUCCUGGACCAAAGGGAGACCCGGGGAUCCAGGGCUACCACGGCCGGAAGGGAGAGCGGGGCAUGCCGGGGAUGCCAGGCAAACAAGGAGCCAAGGGUGAGCCAGGGACCCCAGGAGCCAAGGGAGACCCAGGAGCAACAGGGAAGCCGGGGCCCCCAGGUUUGCCGGGAAAGAGGGGGCAGAGGGGUGAGAAGGGGGCUGUGGGUUCCCCCGGGCUACUCGGCCUCCUGGGGCAGAAGGGAGAAAAAGGUGAUGCCGGCAACUCCAUUGGAGGAAGCAGAGGGGAGCCCGGUCCCCCAGGGCUCCCGGGGCCCCCGGGGCCAAAGGGGGACGCUGGAGCUGAUGGCCAGGCUGGCCCCCCAGGACGACAAGGAGACAAGGGGGAGCCUGGAGCAGCUGGAGAACAGGGACCUGCUGGCCCCAAGGGCUCCAAGGGUGAACCAGGGAAAGGAGAGCUGGUGGACUACAACGGGAACAUCAGUGAGGCUCUCCAGGAGAUCCGGACACUGGCCUUGAUGGGGCCCCCUGGCCUUCCCGGGCAGAUUGGCCCACCAGGAGCUCCAGGGAUCCCAGGCCAGAAGGGGGAGAUUGGACUGCCAGGGCCUCCUGGACAUGAUGGGGAAAAGGGACCUCGAGGCAAACCAGGAGACAUGGGCCCUCCUGGCCCCCAAGGCCCCCCAGGAAAGCCUGGGCCUGCAGGAAUGAAGGGAGAAGAUGGACACACAGGGAGCCCGGGAGAGAAGGGGGAGAAAGGGGAGACGGGGCAGCCAGGCCCACCGGGUCUAGACGGCCCAACUGGGGAGAAAGGAGAACCAGGAGGGCAAGGGAGACCAGGAGUGACCGGAUUGCCUGGCCCAAUUGGGCUCCCAGGAUUUACAGGAGAGAAGGGAGAACCUGGGGAGAAGGGUGACCCAGGAGUGGAGGUUCCUGGACCACCAGGGCCAGAGGGGCCUCCGGGACCUCCGGGGCUCCAAGGCGUUCCUGGACCAAAGGGGGAAGCAGGACUAGAUGGAGCAAAAGGAGAAAAGGGCGUCCAGGGAGAAAAAGGAGACCGAGGUCCUCUGGGAUUACCCGGAGCUUCAGGUUUGGACGGCAGGCCUGGGCCACCGGGUACUCCAGGACCAAUUGGAGUUCCAGGCCCAGCGGGACCAAAGGGAGAGAGGGGCAGCAAAGGUGACCCUGGAAUGACAGGACCAACGGGAGCAGCAGGGCUUCCUGGUUUACAUGGACCACCCGGGGACAAAGGAAACCGGGGGGAAAGGGGGAAGAAAGGCUCUAGAGGGCCUAAGGGGGAUAAGGGAGACCAAGGAGCGCCUGGAUUAGAUGCCCCCUGUCCAUUGGGCGAAGAUGGCUUGCCAGUCCAGGGCUGCUGGAACAAGUGAUGCCUCUAACCUGGGAUUGGCCUGUGUGUGUGUUUGUACAUAGAAUAUUUAUUUUUAUACAGUUUUCACUUUUUGAAAAUGCCAGAAGUAUGAUGCAUCUUACAGAUUAUUAAAAAAAAGGAAACCUGCAUAUUUUGUACAGAAACUACCAACCUCUUCCCUUUUGUUUACAAGAUGUUUUGUACACGUCUACAAUUCUAAUACACUUUUUGUUUGAGUACAGCCAUAUGUUUGCAUGAUAUUUGUGCACACUUAUUAAGUAUUGAAGCUUAAUAAAUUAUUGUGUUCUGGUGCCAAAGGGGCCAACCAGCA